UUGUGGUGGAAGUAGUAGUACGCCCCCCGCUCUGGCACAAAAAAGGCAUACCCUAUUCCACCACCGGGCUUGGAUUCCCCACCACCACCGCCCCUCUUCCCACCCUUUCUGCUUUCUCCUCCUCUCCGAUUCCUUCCAUUUGAUAGAACAACCGUAGAAUGUGAUCUCUGCUGCUGGGGCUCCCCUCUCUUCUUGUUCGAUUUGAGGGUUUCCGUGUCGUUGGAUGGGCUGCGGGGUCUCCAAGCUGGAUGAGGAGGCGGCGGUGGCACACUGCCGUGAGCGCUCGCUGCUGCUCGCGGACGCCAUUCGCCAUCGCUACGCCCUUGCCGACGCUCAUGUUGCCUACACCCUCUCCCUCCGCUCCGUCGGCGCGGCCCUCGAGGGGUUCCUCAACGUCGCCCGCGCGCUGCCCCCCGCGUCCCCCGUGCUCCCCCUCCCCGCCCAGCGGAAGGGCGAUCCCCCGCCGCCCCUUACUCCCUCCCCGCCUCCCGCUGCCGCGGCAUUCCUCGAUCGCACCCACUCUCGCUCCCACUCCGGCUCGCAUAUCCACUUCCGCCCCUCGGAUUCCGAGUCCGACGACGUCGACGAUUUGCCGCUCCACUCGGACGGAGCGCCUCCCGUUUACCCCCUCUACGCGGAUGACGCCCCAGUGGGCCAGACGUACGUCAACCUUAACUACUCCCGCAACCGCCCGGCGGAGUCGUCAGUUGCUUACGAGCUGCAGCCGCCGAGCUCCGAGACAAUACGCUUCGGCUCCGUGGAUGAACGGCCUCCCACGGCUUUCCCUUACUACGGCUACCCAUACCCCCCUCAAAGUGCGAAUCUGUACUCCUAUCCUGCUAACUCGUAUACGAGCUAUGAUGGUGGCAUGGGCGGCGGCAUAUUUGGCUUCUCUUCGCCGCAUCGAAACAUCCCACCACCGGCUGUGGCAGCUGGCGGAAGCUCUACUACUACUCCGGAAGUUCCACCACCGCCGUCACCUCCCAGGACUUCAACAUGGGACUUCCUCAAUCCGUUCGACUCGUACGAUAAUUAUUGUGCUUCUUAUACGCCAAGCCGGAGCUCGAAGGAGCUGAGGGACGAGGAAGGGAUCCCUGAUCUGGAAGACGAGGGGCACGAGGUCAUCAAGGGAGCCUAUGGUGACCCAAAGUUUGUACCUUCCUCGUUGGCUGCUGCGGACGGAGAGUACACAGGUAAGGCUGCUACGGAGUCGAAAGAGGGUGUGAUUGACAGUGGCGGCGAGGAUCCCAGUCAAAAGUCGAGGUUGGUAGAGGCAGGCGGUAGCUCAGAGCAUGAGGUUCAUGUGGUUGAGAAGAAUGUAGUGACUGAACCAGCAGACCGACGAGGUGCUGUGGGAUUUACCACCUCUCGAAGUUAUCAGGAUGUUUCUGAAGUCAUGCAGGAGAUAAAAACCCAGUUUGACAGGGCGUUUGAGACGGCCGAUCAAGUGGCCAAGAUGCUUGAAGCCGGAAAGCAUCUAUACCACCAGAAGAAUUCUGUGUACAAAGCUUCUGCCAGGAUGAUAUGUGGUUUUCCGCUACUUCUGACAUCUAAAAAUGAAGACCUUUUGGUAUUUGAGGAAGAGAAGGCUAUGGGCUGCGGUAAUCUUUCAUCAACACUGCAGAAGCUUUACAAUUGGGAAAAAAAACUUCUCGAGGAAGUCAUGGCCGAGGAAAAGAUUAGGGUUCUAUAUGAUAGAAAAUGUGAGUACCUGAGGCGUUUGAGCGAAAGGGGUGCAGAGGCUGAAAAGCUUGAGGCAGUUGAAAUUUCCAUUAGGAAAUUAUCCACAAAGAUAAGAAUAGCCAUUCAGGUUGUGGGCACAAUUUCAAGUAAAAUCAAUCAGCUGAGGGACGAAGAAUUAUGGCCACAAAUUAACGAACUUAUCCAAGGGUUUAAGAGAAUGUGGACAGUUAUGUCAGAAUGCCAUCAUAUUCAGUGUCAAGCGAUAUCUGAAGCUAAAAACCUAGAUUCUAUUGUGAAUGGAGUAAAACUUGAUGACAUUCAUAUGGAUGCAAUAAAGCAGUUAGAGUUGGACUUGGUGGAUUGGAUCACAAAUUUCUCUGCUUGGGUUACAGCUCAAAGGAGCUAUGUCAAAUCUUUGAAUGGCUGGCUUGUCAAAGGUAUCCAUUAUGUGUCUGAAGAAACAGAUGAUGGAGUUCCUCCAUUUUCGCCUGGGAGAAUAGGUGCACCUCCUGUAUUCAUCAUCUGCAAUUACUGGUCCCAGAGUAUGGAUAUGAUAUCCGAAAGAGAAGUUAUUGAUGCAAUGCAGGCUUUUGCUCAUGAUGUUUUUAACAUCUGGCAGCAGCGCAAAUUUGAGCAGCAGCAAAGGUUAAUGGCAAACAGAGAUAUGGAUAGCAAGCUGAGAUUGAUGGAAAGCCAGGAACAACUGAUGCUCAGGCAGAGAAAGAAAUUAAUGCUAAUGUCCAGUGAGGAUGGGAUAUCAAUACCUGAACAUGAAGUGCGUCAUGGUUCCACUGCAAAUAGUCUGCAUUUAAGUUUGAAGCAGAUCUUUGAGGCAAUGGAAAAUUUUACUGCUAAUUCCGUGAAGGCAUAUGAGGUGCCCCACAUAUGUUGUGAGGAAGAGAAAUAGAAGUUGUCCAGAGAGAAUGCUAGUAUGACCUGAUGCAUGGGGGAAUGGCUGGCCUUUUGUCCAUGUUUCAACUGAGGCUAAAGAUGUAUCACCCUGGAGUUGUCUAUGUUGUCAUUUAGGCCAUGUGAUUAGGAUCCUUGUAUAACUGCAAUUACUCUUUCCAGAUCUCACCGAGAUGCUGUCAAUUACCAUCCAGUGAGUUUCUAAGGUUAGGAGAAGAGUAAUUUAUAGUUAUGUAUAGGGUCCUCAUCACUUGGCUCUAUUCAUCUUGGCGAUCCAUGCGCCUAGCAAGAUCUGAGAAUCUUUUACUCAAAGUCUACCCUGUGCUGUGCUACUACAGAAGGUUGGUAAACUAAUUUGAUGGGGUAGAUGAUUUUCCAGUGUUACGAAAAACAUGGAGAAUGAGGUUGAGUCAGUAUGUCAUGAUUGGUAGUUUUAGUUAUUGGCAUUUCAAUUUGUGAACAAUACAUGACAUGAAUGUGGAUAAAAUAAUUUGCUGCCAAUGCCUGAGAUCGAUCAUGAUUUCUAUCUUCAAAAAAAGUGUUGCAUGCUUGCUGCUGCUGCUGUGGCUUUCUCUACCUCGGAGCCGCAAUCCAGUUCGUGGUCAAACCUUGAUCAAUAAAGUGAAUGUUAAAAUGUGUUGUCGCCACCACUGUGCUUGAUGUAAGCUGUCAUCUGCUGCUUGUUAUGGUGAGCUUGGAGCAGGAAAGUAAUAUGUCAUGUGAGCUUCUGCUGCUGCUGACAUUGCCGUCACUGCCACUUCACUCUCCACUUCUGAGCUGCAAUAUCUUACUCAUUAUGGUUAGCAUGGAGCACAGCAGAUGAGAGUCGUCGGAGUAUUUGUAAUAUGCAGAAAUCUGGAUCAGUAUUGAUGAUUCCUAGUACAUGAGCCUGAGUUGUUCAGUAAUUGUUGAGUAGGCAGCUAAUACACAUCGACCAAAUAGCAUUUGUGAUUCUGUGCUGAUCUGACUUGUGGCAUACUGCAGAUUUGUCAAUCUGAUCAGCUUCAGUGAGUAGCAGGGAAGAUUUAGGCAAUUAUGUACAGGCACAUGCCAGUUUGGAGUCUUCAAGGUAUCGCGGAAGCAUACCGAGUUGCUUGUUAGGAGGCAGUCUGAUUAUUUUUCACUAGCGACAUUAGGAUAUUACAGUUUGUAUACUCUUUGUAACUUGGUGUCUUAGAUUUAUCUGUCCACCUUUAUGCUAUAGUUUUAUUUUCCUUUUUUUGGUGCCUUAUGGCCAUUAGCAAUGCAUGAAUUCCCUCUUGCUACUUGGUUUUGUACUAUAUGCAGCCCUUUGGUAGAUACUUGGAAAUACUGCUCUCCAAUUGAAUCUAUGAAUAAUUGUUUUCCAAUGUUGCAAAUAAA